CAGUCGGUUGUGCCUUGCUCCCGCCCCGGCUGUCCACUCCUGCCCUAUAGGACCCGGCCCUCGGGUGUCUGCGGCCGGGAACCCCAUCCGACACCUGCGGCGGAUCGGCGGAGCUGAGAGAGCCCGGACGAGGAGCGCGCGUGGUGCGCACUGGGGUGCAGGUGGCGCCCGAGGAUGUGGGCGCGCGAGGAGGGGGCAGGUGCCAGCUUCCCCAGACGGGACCCGGUUAGCUGUUGGGAGCAAUGGGCGACUGGAGCUUCCUGGGGCGGCUGCUGGAGAACGCACAGGAGCACUCUACAGUCAUCGGCAAAGUGUGGCUGACCGUGCUGUUCAUCUUCCGCAUUCUGGUGUUAGGGGCGGCAGCCGAGGAGGUGUGGGGCGACGAGCAAUCGGACUUCACCUGCAACACACAGCAGCCAGGCUGUGAGAACGUCUGCUACGACCGCGCUUUCCCCAUUUCGCACAUCCGCUUCUGGGCGCUGCAAAUCAUCUUCGUGUCUACGCCCACCCUCAUCUAUCUGGGCCACGUGCUACACAUCGUGCGCAUGGAGGAGAAGAAGAAAGAGCGGGAGGAAGAGCUGCUGAGGAGAGACAACCCUCAGCACGGCCGUGGUCGCGAGCCAAUGCGUACAGGGAGCCCGCGGGACCCUCCACUACGCGAUGACCGUGGCAAGGUGCGCAUCGCAGGUGCGCUGCUGCGGACCUACGUCUUCAACAUCAUCUUCAAGACACUCUUCGAAGUGGGGUUCAUCGCGGGCCAGUACUUUCUAUACGGCUUCCAGCUGCAGCCACUUUACCGCUGCGACCGCUGGCCCUGCCCCAACACUGUGGACUGUUUCAUCUCCAGGCCCACAGAGAAGACCAUCUUUGUCAUCUUCAUGCUGGCUGUGGCCUGUGCGUCACUGGUACUCAACAUGCUGGAGAUUUACCACCUGGGCUGGAAGAAGCUCAAGCAGGGAGUUACUAACCACUUCAACCCAGAUGCCUCAGAAGCCAGGCACAAGCCCUUGGACCCCCUACCCACGGCCACCAGCUCUGGCCCGCCCAGCGUCUCCAUCGGGUUCCCACCUUAUUACACACACCCUGCCUGUCCCACAGUACAGGCAAAGGCCAUAGGGUUUCCUGGGGCCCCACUAUCACCAGCAGACUUCACAGUGGUGACUCUAAACGAUGCUCAAGGCAGAAACCACCCAGUCAAACACUGCAAUGGCCACCACCUGACGACAGAGCAGAACUGGACCAGGCAAGUGGCAGAGCAGCAGACUCCAGCCAGCAAGCCCUCUUCAGCAGCAUCCAGCCCUGAUGGCCGCAAGGGGCUCAUUGACAGCAGUGGCAGCAGCUUACAGGAGAGUGCCUUGGUAGUGACGCCAGAGGAGGGGGAACAGGCUUUGGCCACCACAGUGGAGAUGCACUCGCCACCGUUGGUCCUCCUGGACCCAGGAAGGUCCAGCAAGUCCAGCAACGGACGUGCCAGACCAGGUGACUUGGCCAUCUAGCCAUAGUCAUUCCAGAUACCUUUAUAAACCUUCUCUUUACCCCUUAGAAACCAAAAACACUCAAAAAGCAUUUCUAAUCAACAGGUAGAAAGAGAGAGAGAGAAAAAAACCAAAACAAAAACCUGACAGUGCUGGAUUCCCCUGAGGGAAACACUGAGCAAACUGGAUCAGUCUGGUUUUAAUGCUUGCUGUUCUUGUCGCUGUGGGACAGGGUGGGGGUGACCCCAGUGUCUGAGAUCGAGGUGGGGGCAGAGCAAGGUUGUUGGCUCCCAGCAGUGCUUGCUCUUGUUCGGCCUCCUCCACUAUUCUGUCAUGAUGAAGCAACAGGUGUUAGCAGCCCUUCAGUGGGGGGACAAUUCAGUUUCCAUUCCUAAGCUCUCCAAGCAGCCCAGAGAGUCACAGAGGCACUUAAGCUCUAUCUCUGCUUGAGACUUUUAACUUAGAGUUCAAUUUCAUUUUGGGAUAUUUGCCAAACUGUACUAAAAAAAGACUUGGAAUCUAUCUAGUGUCGCUUGAGCUUCUGGAAUUGCAUGUGAGGUCCAGGACAUCCAACUGCAGGCUGCAGGACACAGCGACAGAGAACAGUUGUCCUCCAGUGCUGUUUCCAUGGGACAAGGCCACAGGCAUUCCUGGUAGAGGCAGGUGGAGAUGCAGAGACCCUGGAAAGCCCUUCAACAGAGGAGGAAGAUGGUGGUGUGGCAGGUAUUGCCGUAGGUGUUCAUUUAUUUCUUUGAUGAUAUUUUGUGCUUAGCCUGGAUGGUGAAAGUAUUUACCCCCCUCCCCCACAUACACAUAUUUUGCCUUUCAUUAAAAAAAAUAGUGCCAUUAAAAUGACUACUGAUCAGGGAGAUGUUUAAUUAGUUAAGAUUUGACUUUCCUUUAAAACAAAUCCACCUUCCAUGUCAGCCAACUAAUCACUAUGAGGAUGUCUAGGUAAAAAAUUAACCACUGUGAGAAUGUACGCUAGAUAAAACUUGGGGUAGGGGAUUCACAUGCGUUUUAAGUACUUGAAGUUUUAAAAGUUUCUGAAUCGGAGGUUCACUACUGUUACAAGGAAAAAUGUUUAUGCAGAUGAAUCAUUGAUGACUUACACUUAAAAGAAAGUACACAAUAAAACACUUCAAACUCCCGGACCUUUUAUUUAUUUAUUUUUUUGUGACUAUUUGCUUUCUAAAGUGUAAAUAAAAUUGUCUUGAUUUU